CAUUAUAAAAUACUCCGUAUCAAUGUUUAAGAGUGAAUUGCCGGCAUUCAAAUAUUCUCUUUGUUUGAAAAUUGAACUGGGAAUCCACUUUAUGCAUUUCUAAACCGUUAUUUGGUUGGAUUUCCUUUAAAUCUACUCCAUGGCGAGAAGCUUAUGCAAUAUUAUCCUCGUCAUCAUCAUCAUUUGGUUGCCGGCACGGAUACCCAAAAACUUUGACGUCCUUUUCUUGUGAAACAGAAUCACAGAUACGUACAAGCGCUUUUAUGCCGCCGUGUAUAUGAAUCGCCAUUAAAAAUAUAUUUUCCGCCAUCCCAAUUUUCGACCGGAUAUGGAUCACAAGCUGGCUGCCUUGCUGCCAUUGCUCACGGCGGUUUCCUUGGUUUCCGCCGCCCUUACGGCGGCUGAGUACGUUAGACCCGCGCCGCGCAGAACAUUGAGUUUCCCUUGGGAUGACUCCUCUUCUCAAGCUCAGCAAGUUCACAUAUCCUUAGAUGGGGAGAAACACAUAAGAGUGUCAUGGAUCACUAGUGAUAAAUCAUCUCCUUCACUGGUUGAAUAUGGAACAUCACCAGGAAUAUACACCCUAGCAGCUGAAGGAGAAAGUACUGGGUAUAAGUAUCCAUUCUAUACCUCAGGGAAGAUACACCACACGGUGAUUGGGCCACUGGAGGAUGACAAAGUGUAUUUUUACAGAUGUGGAGGGACAGAUCCCGAGUUUCAGCUCAAAACUCCACCUUCCAAGUUUCCACUAACUUUCGCUGUGUCUGGCGAUCUGGGGCAGUCCGGAUGGACCGUCUCGACUUUAGACCAUAUAGGCCGGUGCAGCUAUGAUGUUCAUUUGGUACCUGGAGACCUUUCCUACGCUGAUUACAUUCAAAGGCGGUGGGACACAUUCGGUAAGCUGGUGCAGCCUCUUGCAAGUGCAAGGCCGUGGAUGGUGACCCAAGGGAACCAUGAUAAGGAACACAUCCCCUUACUUAAAGAAGGGUUUGAGUCUUAUAACUCGAGGUGGAAGAUGCCUUUUACGGAGAGCGGUUCUUCUUCAAACCUGUAUUACUCAUUUGAUGUGGCCGGGGUUCAUGUUGUCAUGCUUGCUUCUUAUACUGAUUUUGAUCAGUACUCUGAUCAAUAUCUUUGGCUGAAGGCUGAUCUUCUCAAUUUAGAUCGCAAAAAGUCACCAUGGUUAGUUGUGCUAUUCCAUGUGCCAUGGUAUAACAGUAAUGUAGCCCAUCAAGGGGAAGGAGAUGACAUGAUGGAAGCAAUGGAACCUUUGCUUUAUGAUGCUGGUGCAGACAUCGUGUUUGCUGGCCAUGUUCAUGCUUAUGAACGAACGAGCCGAGUGUACAACAGAAAAAACGAUAUCUGUGGCCCUGUCCAUAUAACCAUAGGUGAUGGAGGGAACAGAGAAGGCUUAUCAACCGAUUAUAAAGAACCACAACCAGAGUGGUCUAUGUUCCGUGAAGCUAGCUUUGGGCACGGCGAGCUCGUGAUUGUGAAUGCAACUCAUGCAUAUUGGAGUUGGCAUCGCAAUGAUGACGAUGAACCAGUGAAGUCUGAUGAAGUGUGGAUGACUUCAUUGAGUACUUCAGCGUGCAAUGGUGUAGGCGGUGGUCAUUAAUGGAGGGAGUUCGGGUGACCCUCAUUCUCAACAAUCAACCAAAGAGUCCUUUCAUCACAUAGCUUACACAGAAAGGCAGUAGUUUGGCAUGUUCCAACCCGCUACUUGAUGCGUCUCUAAGGUUGUUUAGCAUCACCUUUUUUUAAAAGGUAAACUGUAAAAACGGAGAUAUAAUUCGCAUAUGACAUGUAACAUAUAAUGUAUAUGAUAUACUGAACAUUUUAUUAGUAGUAGUUUCAGACAUACGUGGAUACUGGCUAUAUAAUGUUUCAAAGAAUCCUACAGUCACCGUUCUUUGGCUUAAACACCUCCUGAUGCCUUAUUUUGACUGAGGGUUAGAACAUCUAAUUUGCG